AUGAACGAAAAGCAACAAAGAGUAUGGUUAACCUUAUCAUGGUCCCCUGCCUCACCUCAAUAUUUAAUAUCAAAUUCAUUAACUGCUGAUAUCUUAAUCUGGGUAUACUAUACACCAAAUACCUUUGCAAUUGGUUGCGGUGAUAACACCAUUAGAUUAUGGUCUCCAACUGAAAACCAAAAGGAUAGAUACGAAUCAAAGAUGCUCUGGAAAGGGAUCCAAUCAAAAGUUACAGCAAUUUCAUUUUGUAAAGAUUAUGGUAUCAAUCAUUCAACAUUAAUAGCAUUUGGCAUGGACGAUGGAAGAGCUGGUGUUUACAAUAUUAAUAAUAAUCAAUCAACAAUAUUUCCAGGGGGUCACAAAAAUGAAACUUAUGAAAUUGUAUGGAAACCACCAAAUAAAAAUAAUACUGUAGAAAAUAAACAACAAGAAAAACCAAGUAAAAUCUAUACAAUUGGAAAUAAUGAAAUAUUUGAAUGGGACUAUAAUCAUUUUGACAAAGGCUUUACAAAUAUGGGUCCAUCUAUUCAAUCUAGAAAUCCAAACGAAACAUUUAGCAAACAUAGAACUGAUAUCAAUUGGAAUUUAGAUGGUGAUAUGGUAGCAAUUGGUCAUUCAGAUGGAACUAUAGAUAUAUUUAAUUCAGAUUUUAAACUAUUAACAAGAAUCAAAGAACAUAAAAAAUUAAUAAAUAGAGUAAAAUGGAGCCAAUUCCCUGAGCAUAAAAAUACUUUAGCUUCAGCAUCCAAUGAUAAAAAAAUUAAUAUUUAUAAAAUAAAUCAAAUCAAACAAAAUAUUGAAAAAGAUGAAAAUCAAGAAGAAAAUCAAAAAAAAGAGGGAAUAGAAGAAUUUAAAAUUGAAUUGAUUUAUCAAUUUUCUGGACAUAGGAAUAAUGUUUGCUCCAUUGAUUGGUCGAAACAUGAUUGGAGAUUACUGGCCUCAGCUUCGGCAGAUGGUACAAUACAGGUAUGGAAUAUUGAAAGUAAAGAGUUGGUUUCAAAUAUGAGAGGUCAUGACGGAAGAGUAUUUACAGUAUGUUGGAGCUUUGUCGAACCAAACUUAUUAUCAACAGGUGGUGAAGAUCAAACUGUUAGAAUUUGGGACUAUACCAAGCAACCGUAUAAAACUCCAAAUGAAUCAUUACCAACUAAACCAUCACCACCACAAAUAGCAAUAUCAUUAAAUAAAAAAAUUGAGGAAAAUAAACAACAAAACUUACAAGAAACUUUAGCCAACACAAACACAUCAUCAUCAACAACAAGUACAGCCACAGCAAUAAAUAACCCAGUUUCUCCAUCAAAAAACCAAAGCUCAACAUCACCGGUAUUAUUACCAAUAACUGAAAAUUUACCAAAAAAAAGACCAAUAUUAUUAUUAAAUAAAGAUAUUGUUCAAAAAGUAGAUAAUACUCAAUCAGUAAUACCUUUAGCCAAAUAUAUUUUAGAAAAUGAUGAUAAAGUAAAUAUUGAUUAUGGUGGUAAUUGUGGAAAUGAUAAAAUAGAAGCAAUCUUUUCAGAAAACAAAUUGGUUAUUGAUAAACUAAUCGAAAAAGAAUCAAAUGAAUUAUUAAAGAUUGACGAUAUUGAAAAUUAUUUAUCAAUUAAUUGUUGGAAUGGUAAUAUAAAGAAUGCACUGUAUCAAAUUAUAAAGAAUGGAAAGUUAACAGGUAAUAUUGUUGCACUAAGUAUUCAAGCCGGCAGGGAAAUUUAUGAAUCAAUUUGUUCGUUAUACUCUCAACAACUUAUAUGCACUGGUGAUUUCCAUAUGGCAGUCUCUUAUCUUUUGCUAACCGGCCAUGUUAAAGAUGCUAUCGAUGUCUAUAGAAAUGCAAUGCUAUAUCAAGAAGCAAUCCUAUUGGCCAAAUCUCGUUUCCCAAUUGAUGAUCCUAUAAUAGACCAAUUAUUUUUAGAAUGGGCUAAACUAACUGAAACAUCUCAUUCAAUUCAUAGUAUAAAAUGUUAUUUAGCAAUUUCGAAAUCUCAAUACGAAACAACUAAAAUCGAAAUUUUAAAAAUACUCUCAGUACCAACAAAACAAACUUUAAAAAUUCAAAAUGAUUUAAUAAACUAUUUAAAAUAA